UCAAAACCCUACCUUCUUUCUCUUUGUCACAGCACGAGACUGAGAAAGAGAGAGACAGAACGAGUGCGUGCGUGCGUUCUCCGUUAGUCUCAGAAAUGGUUACGUUUAGGUUCCACCAAUACCAGGUUGUUGGGAGGGCUCUCCCUACGGAAGCAGAUGAACACCCCAAGAUUUAUCGUAUGAAGCUGUGGGCCACCAAUGAAGUUCGCGCUAAGUCCAAGUUCUGGUAUUUUCUGAGGAAGCUGAAGAAGGUUAAGAAGAGUAAUGGUCAAGUCCUUGCUAUCAACGAGAUUUUUGAGAAGAACCCAACCAAGAUUAAGAACUAUGGUAUAUGGUUGAGGUAUCAGAGUAGGACAGGCUAUCACAACAUGUACAAGGAGUUCCGUGAUACCACUCUGAAUGGUGCAGUUGAGCAGAUGUACAAUGAGAUGGCUUCUCGUCACAGGGUCAGGUACCCUUGCAUCCAAAUUAUCAAGACUGCCACCGUCCCAGCUAAGCUUUGCAAAAGGGAAAGCACCAAACAAUUUCACAACUCCAAAAUCAAGUUCCCAUUGGUGUUCAAGAAAGUUAGGCCACCUUCAAGGAAGUUGAAGACCACAUACAAGGCGAAAAAGCCCAACUUGUUUAUGUAAUGUGUGGUUGAUGCGAACACAAUUUUCAAUCAUAAUUAUUUUAAUGAUUUACAAUCAGUCUUUUUGUUUUAUAAUAUUUUUCCACAUUUUGAAUGAUAAA